AUGCUGUCAGGCAGAAACCCUUUCAACUACGUCUGCCCUAUGACGGUCUUCCAGCGCAUGGCUGCCAUUGCACUCGUGGGGAAGGCCGCCGAAGGCGAUUGCUGCACCACGUACAAUGCGGUGCCGAUGAUUUGGCCGUACCAGUACCCGGAGUGCGGGAAGUCGCACUGCCCUUCCUGCUGGCGCGCCGACGGCCACCUGGCCUCCUCCGACGUCAGCAGCUUCGCUGCCUUGGGCUUCGCUGCCUCACUGGCGGUCAGCAGUCCCAAGGUGCUGCUUCCAGAAGCGCCGGAACAGACUCGGCGGCUAGAGGACAUCACAAGGCACGCCGGAAUUGCCUCCAAGCAAAUGCUGGCCAGAGCCAAGCAUGGCUUUCGCGAGCGGGUGGUGAACCUUUGCCCACGCAUCUCAGACUGGGAGGAGUACUACCUCAACGAUGACGCAGAGAAUGUCCACGCACGCGUUUACAAGUCGGCCAGUGCACAGGUGGCCGUGGUCUCCUUCCGCGGCACACAGGCCAAAUCGGCCCAGAACUGGGAGAUUGACUCGGACAUCAACAUGCUCAACGUCGAGCUGGGCGCUCCAGGGCCCCAUGGCCCCGCCCCUGCAGAGGUGAACGUUCAUGAGGGCUUCUACUUGGAGCUGCAGCGUGUGCUGCCUCACGUGCGCAAGUGGGUGGAAGGCUACAUCGAGGGGACGCAGGGCCUGUUCGGCAUUCCCAGCUACUGGAAGCUCGUCUUCACUGGCCACAGCCUGGGCGCUGCGCUCGCGAUUCUGGCGGCGACCAUAGCGGAGGCCGAGUCGUGGCCCCGCCUUCCCGACGCAGUCAUCGCCUUGGCGUCGCCGCGCGUGGGUGACAGGGGGCUCAGCCAGUGGUGGGAGUCCCGGGGCCUCUGCAAGAAGCUGCUGCGGGUGUCCGUCUACAACGAUGUGAUUACCUACAUGCCCUUCAUGGAGCCCCUGCAGCUGAUGGACACCUUGAACUACUGCUUCCAAAACGCGAUGCGCUGCCUUGGGCAGCUGGCCAGUGGGCCCAAGUCCUUGCACCCCAGCGAGAGGUGGGCCCACGUUUGUCCAUCCAGCGAGCUGUACAUCCCUGGAGCCGUCAAAGGUGUCAACUCAAAGAUGGAGGAUUUCUCACUGAUGGGUGGCGCCCUCGCCCACUUCAUCGGUAACACCCUUUUCGGCUACUCUUAUGGUGUCUUGAAUAGCGACAUCCCCCGGCACGAUGCCUACUGCGGGCUGCGGAAGGAUCUCAUGCCGGCAGCAAGCUGCACGACGGUGGAGGAGCUCGAUGAGGUGGUAUGCUUCGGUCUCGCCCACGAUGCCAAUGCAACGUCAGCUGCACACUGCCGGCAGAACUGCUGCGAGGAUGAGUACUGCAGCGUGUGGCAGGUCAUGAGGAACAACCAGUGCUGGCGAGGCCGCAGCCACGACUGCACCGCGCUCCACCCUUAUGCCAAAGAGGUGGCAGUGGGGCAGCGCUUGCACUGA